AGAAAUAGUUGUUGUAAAUCAUUCUCUCAGCAAAACAAAAAUAAAUCCUGUACAUAUUUUGUGUAACUUGUUGACCAUAUUUUGGUCAAACAGUCAUAACUGAAAUGGAAAGAAUUAUAUGAGAUACAAUAUACAUGGGCACAGUCAAUGAUGAAGUACUAAUAUGUUGUGAUACAAAGAAAGGGAGGAAGGAAGAAGAGAAAGAUAAAAAUGGGUAACAAUUUAACUUCAAUCUAAUGCUGUCAUCUGUUAGGUUUGAGAUUAUAAUUGAAUAUACCUGUAUAGGAAUUAUCGAUGUAUGAUUCUCACGGAAAAAAAUAAAUUUUAUAUCUAAAAUACAGUUAGAUGUCUUAGAUUCUGUUUACUUCGUGUACUGAUGGUGAGAAGUGUGAAAGGAUUCGAUACCCAGAAUCAGACAUCUUCUUUGUAGGCAGGGGUGGGUUCAUUCUUUCAAAUUUAAAACACAAUAUUUUGAGGGAUAUAAUGACUUUAUGAAUAACUUUAAUGACGGGAUGAAUCGAAAGUGAAACCAUGCCGUUACUCAUGUAUGGUUUGGUUCAGAUCUACCAUGCAAUAAUUUGAAAUAUAUCAAUAACUAUUAGACGUUUGUAGAGGCCAUUUCACUUAUUGUUUAGUGAAUAUAUGUAGUUAUCUUAAACGAAAAACAUUUUAUAUAUAAAAAAGAAGUAAAUAAAGAAAAGCCUACAGCACUAGGUAUUCCCAGGCGGUCACCCAUCCAAGUACUAACCUAGCCCGACGUUGCUUAACUUCGGUGAUCGGACGAGAACCGGUGUUUUCAACGUGGUAUGGCCGUAGGCAGGUGAGAGACAGGUGUGUUAAAACAUAUAUCGCUGAAAACGGAAGUCAUUAUAUUUGAAAUACCUCGUAGUUCUACGUUAACAUUAAACAAGUGCUCUCUUUUAGUCCUUAAAUUAAAUAAACAUAGUUUGAAGGUUCUAAACGCCGCAAAUCAAUAUACGUCAAUAUCCGUAACAAAGGUGUGACCUAGUUUUGACAGGUGUCAUUGUGACCUAGCAACAGGAGUUUAUGAGGUGUCAAUGGCGUACUACAGUCUUUCUUGGGAAAGUCAGGAAAGUGGAACAACACAGCUCUGAAAACAAAGUCAAAAGUCACAGAAGAGAGCGGACAACAGUUUAUUAAUUAGAUAUUAACCGUAGAAAUGCUCGCUUGAAAUUUAAUCACAGUGUGUGCACGUCAGUACGCCACUGCUACAUAUGUACCGGUACCUAGAUAUAAAUUAGACUCUAAUUAUUAGAGUGACUUUUUUUUGCCACUGGGAGAUUUUUUCAGGACACCAUGACUGAAGUGAUUCCACUGGAGCAAGUGCAACUAAGGAACAAGGAGGGACAAACGUGGAUAAUUAUUGACCGCUUAGUCUACAAUGUGACAGAGUUUAAAGCAGAGCACCCCGGUGGGGCACAAGUACUACUUGAUAUAGCAGGAAAGUCCAUGCCUGAUGCCACUCAAGCCUUUCAUGAUAUCGGUCACUCAGGAGAUGCUAAAGAACUCUUGAAGAAAUUCCUCAUAGGAGUAUUGGAAGAGCAGGAUAGCGAAACACGUCCUAUCAGAAGGCGGGCCAAAGCAUGCAUUUUGUUAUGAGGAAUUCACUGAUGCUCUGAAGAAAUUUUAUUUGUAAAACAAAAAUUUCUGCACAUGUUGUGGAACUUGAAGGCCAUAAUUUGGUCAUACAGUCAUAACUGAAAUGGAAAGUAUAUCAUAUGAGAUAUUGACAAUAUACACGGGCAAAGUCAUUGAUGAAGCACUCAGAUUUUGUGAUAGAAAGAGAUGGCAGGAAGGAAGAAGAAAAAAUGGGUACAUGUACCAAUUCAACUAAUUCAGUGGAAUGUACUACUGUUAAUUUUUAGGUCGUAGUUGUAUAUACAUUAUGAACUUUUAAACAUUCCUUUCUAUAUACUUUUUUAAUUUUGUUUUUAAAUUGUACAAUUCUUAUUUUACUUAUGAUGUUCUUAUAAGGUUAUUCUAAAAUAUACAUGUAUGUACAAUGUACA